AUGAAGAGCAUCCAGACGAAAAAGAUGGUGUUGACCAGGCUGAAUGAGAAGGCGGCCUUCCAGCAAUUACCUGGUAAAGUGUCAGCAGUAAAGCAACACGCGACAACAAAAACCAUUAAGGGGAGCGCACGCACAGAUAUUCCACUGGGUCAGCCAGGCGAGGGUGUUGAUGCUGGCGCCGCGAUAGACCAUGGCCUCGACGUAGUUCUGGCAGUUGGCGUUGACGCUGGCGACGGCGCCGUACAGCUGCAGCGAGAUGCCGAUGAGGCCGGUCAGCCACAGGGUGAACAGGAUGAACGAGCCCAGCAGGAUGAUCUCGGGGAUCAGCUUGUUCUGGAAGAUCAGGAAGACGACGAGCAGCACGAAGGCCACGCCCAGGCUGCCGGUGGCGACCAUGAAGGGGAAGAUCCUGGGCGGGAGAGAGAGAGAGACUUGUUAGCCAUUUGGUUGUUUGGGGGUGGGGGGAGACGGAUGGAUGGAGGACGCACCACGGCGUGGGCAGGCGCAUCUGGUCCUGCACGACCAUGA